AUGGAGGAGGCGCGCACGCCACCGCAUUGUGACAUUAUCCCCGUCAUAAUCGUUGGCGCAGGACCAGUAGGCCUUCUCCUCGCCCUCCGGCUCGCACAGAGUAACAUCCGCUCCAUCGUCCUCGAACAAGAAGCGACGCUCGGCGCCGCACCACGUGCAAUCGGCUACUACGGCCCAGUCCACCACGUCUUCAACGAGGCCGGAAUCUACGACCAGGUAUCCAGGGAAGGCAUGCCCUCGGGAGGAUACGUCUGGCGAACGCUCCCUAGCGAAGACGAGAAGGGGACGAAGACGCUCGGGUCGGUGCUAUGCCGGAACGUGAUGAGCUGCCCUGACUCGGACGGCCAGUAUAAGAUCUGCACGUAUUCCAUACAGCUGGCUCAAUGUCGUCUCGCGGAGAUCAUGCUCGAGGAGGUGACGAAGACGGGGUUAAGUGAGGUGCUUUGGGACCACCGCGUGACGGAUCUCUCUCAAGACGAGAAUGGAGUUACCAUUACCGCCAUCUCAGGACAAGGAGAACCAAAGAGCUUCCGAGGCUUGUAUCUCGCGGGCUGCGAUGGCGGCAAGUCCAUUAUCAGGAAACUGCUCGGAAUACGGCUCGCCGGGCACAGCUGGCCUGAGCGAUUCAUUGCUACCGACGUACUUCGCACCGCCCCUGUCGUCGAAGACCCGCCAGUGCACUUCACCGUCGACCCGAAAUACUGGGGCGUCGUGACGCCGCUAGAGCACGUCAAAGCGGGCGUAAAGGGAUUAUGGCGGUACAGCAUGGCCGUGCCGGCCUACGAGGAAGCAGAAGACGGUAGCCGUGUAUUCCUCACAGACGAGCAAGUCCUCGAGCCUAAAUACGUCAACUCGCUCCUCCUGCGACAAUUAGACGGUCCACGUCCUAGCGAUCACGUCGUCGUGCGGAAGAGCUUGUAUAAGAUGCAUCAGCUGCUCGCGAGUACCAUGUAUCGCGGCCGAUGCUUCCUCGCGGGCGACGCCGCGCAUAUCAACAACCCUAUCGGAGGACUAGGUCUGUGUACGGGCCUUCUCGACGCAGACGCGUUGCAUCAAACGCUUGAGAUUGCGUUCUCUCUAGGACAGGGCGACCACGAUCAACGGCAUAUCCCUACCACCAACGGAGCGAACGGAAUACUGAGCUCAGGUCACGGCUGCCGUCGAACCAUCAACUUACAGAAUCUGUUCUUGCGGUACUCGUCAGAGCGCCGACGCGUCUUCCAAAACAUCAUUCAUCCUUAUAGCAGCGCAAAUAAGACACGACUUCACAGUGCAGACCCCGAAGACAUAGCCAGGGAAGAUUGGUACUUCCAGGCCCUGAGAAGAGGUGAUCCGAAAGAGUUGGAGAGCAUCAAUGCGCCGCUAUAUAACGGCUGGCGGACAGAUAUGUGGAGCCUUGUCGGUACAUCUCUUAAGGACGCUUAA